GCGAGGGAGGGUGGGGGCCAAAGGAAGCAAGCAGCGGCUGCUCGCUCACUCCUCGAGCAUUGCAGCGCUUGCUCUGUGCUGUGCUGGUCUUGCUCGGUGGGUCUCCGUGCUGCACAGCACGGAUCCUUGCUUGCUCGGUGGCGAUGGACAGGCACACCUGCAAGCUCUGCUUCCGGCGGUUCCACAAUGGCCGCGCGCUGGGCGGCCACAUGCGCUCCCACGUCAUGGCCGCCGCGGUGACGGCAGCGUGCUCGCCGCCGCCGCUCCCCCUGGCGUCUACCUCGUCGACCGAGAUGGACGGCGAGCCGGCGCAGCGCAGGCCGCUGGCGUCGUGCGGUUUGCGCGGCGGCGCCAAGAGAAGGCUCGGGAUCGGCGCCCCCGAAUUCUCCGGCGGCGGGGCGGCCGGCGGCGAGUCGUCGGUCGUGCAGGACGGCGAGAGCGACACAGAGUCGUCCCCGCGGUUCGCCGUGAGCCGCCGGCGCUCGAAGCGGGCGCGCCGUCGCGCGCCGCCGCCGCCGCCGGAUCCCGAGCAGCCGGCGAGCAGCGUCUCCGACGCCACGACGGAGGAGGACGUGGCCAUGUCGCUCGUGAUGCUGUCCCGGGACUCGUGGGCGCGGUCCAGAUCCGGGCCCGAGCACCACCGGGGCCCGGCGAGCUCGGAGGCUGAGCAGAACAACGGCGGCGGCGCGGACGAGGCCGAGCACGACCAGGAUCACGACGUCGCGAGGCCGCGCGGCCGGCACCAGUGCGGCGCGUGCAGGAAGGUGUUCCGGUCGUACCAGGCGCUGGGCGGCCACCGCGCCAGCGUCAAGAAAGGCAAGGGUGGAUGCCUGCCGGUGCCUCCGCCGCCGACACCUCCCGCCGCGCCGCCGUCGUCCAAGUCCCACCGCGCCGAGGCCGCCCCGGCGGUGAUCCACGAGUGCCCGUUCUGCUUCCGCGUGUUCGAGUCCGGGCAGGCCCUGGGCGGCCACAAGCGCACGCACCUGCCGUCCGCCGGCGCGGCGUCCCCUUCGACGCCGGUCAGGUGCGGCGACAGCUCCGGGUCCAUCGACCUCAACGUGCCGGCCGCGGCGGACGACGACUUCGAGCUCUCCGCCGUGUACGACGGGGAGUUCGGCAGCAGCACCAGACAGUGAACUCACCUGCUGACGCUGACGCUGAUCGGUACCUGCCUGCUACCAGCGCCAGCUUCAGAUCGGAAGACGCAAUUGCACGAGCUCAAGAAGUACAGACCAGCUGCUGCAACAUGCAAGGAGGGGAUCGAUCGCUUCAGAUCACGAACCAUGCAAGAACCGGGAGGAGAUGAGCGGUUAGCAUUUUGUUUUCCUUCUGUUAUUUUCUCUGUUUGUUACUCUAUCGAUCGAGAUUGGUAGUCUAGCGGUGCGUACCUAAUUAGAUGAACAGCAUAUUCAAUUCUUUUUGGUCACUUGUACCUAAAUCAAAUUGACCCAUUAC